AUGGUGUCGAGGCCGGCUGCUACUACAUGUUACGCGGCCGCCGAGUUCCUCUGUAUGGCACCCGAUCUCGCGCCCUACGGCCCCGGCUACGAGAACGGCCCCAAGGGAUGGUCGGUUACCGACAGUAGCCCCGGAUCGAUCUAUGUCAGCGGCGAGAAAUACAUUCGCGAGGUUUUUGGUUUCAAGAUGGACUGGCGCAACUUUGGUCUCAUCACCGGUUUCUGGCUACACUCGGCCUUCCUGGGCAUGCUGGCGCUCACCUACCUCGCCGAUGGCGGCAUCCAGUUCAUGCGCUGCAAAACUGAUGGUGUUGAGGCCUCGGCUUCUCGCGACGACGAGGACGGCGGCAUUUUCCCUGAGUAG